UGGUGGUAAGAUAUUUACCUAGGCUUUAAUACCCUGAGAUUCAAUUACAAGAUCAUUUUAUGCUUUACUUCAACAAUUGUAAUUACAAAGUAAGAGGACAGUCAAAGGAACUGUUCCGUCUAAAUAAGAUGGCUCGCAACAUGUUCUUACAAUUUUUUUUUUUUUAAGUUGUUUUUACAUCAGCCACAAAUCCACUAUCUCUUCGCUUACAAAGAGUUGCCAACAGAUCAGGUUUUAGACACAUCUUAUGUCUUAAGUUGUUUAUAAAACAGCUUUUGACUUCAGAGAUGCCUCUUGAAAAGCCGACAGUCUAAAUCAUGCCCUUCAUUGGACAAAGCUUCUAAGAGAAAAAUUUAUCAGUUCUAUGCCACUAAAGCACUGUGAUUUUCUAGUAUAUGCUUAGUUUCGGUCCAUGAACACAAAACUCCCAAAUUUUCUAUACUUUAAUGAGAGCCCUUGCAUAACCUUUGCACGGUUAAAGCACUUGCAUAAUAAGGCGUUUCAUAAGGGCAGUUUCUUGGCCUUGAACCUCUUCAUGUCCUAACUGGGAAUCUAAUCCAGACCCAUAGAAGUACACCCAGAAUGAAACAUUCAGAGUCACAGGGUUCAAAAUUUAAAAGCAAGAAUCAUGUAUCUUGUUAUGGUUGAAAGGUUUGUACAUUCAAUUACUCUAAGUCAUAGUUACAUAUUGGUUUAGAAGAGUUUUUGUGAUCCCAAGGCAUUCACAAACUUCUAAUUCCGGACUUACAGUUUUGUGAAUUUGAGCACAAAUCAUUCAUCAGUUGCAUAAGUUUUCUCUUAGUUUAAGGGAGUAAACAGUCAUUAUAAAGGCCAUUCCCAUUACCUAAUUCAGCAUCCAAAAAGCUGCCAGUCAUUCAUUGGAGCUAAGAUUAACCUGCUCUAGGACAGUGUAGCUGUAGUUAAUUAGGACAAGUUAAGCUUGUCCAAGGAAGAAGUUUGGUGAAGAGUCUGAGGCACAGAAAUCAGCGCUAGCCUUACAAUGUUCCACAUUGGAUUUCUAGUCUUUACUAAAAUCCAGGCCGUAUCGCAUUACAAUUCUUACAUGUGCUAGUUAGCUUUUUGUCACACCUGGUACAGCUUUUUAGCUACACAUUGAAUAAUUCCAAAUACAAAACAGGUUAAGGAAUCCAUUAAGAUCAGUAAUUGAAAAUGUGUUUAUAAUCAAUGCAUUUGUAAUUUAGCUGCCUCCAGAAAGAUACAGAAUUCAAAAAUAAAUUCUUUCCAGGCUGCAUUCAUCAUUUAUCAAUGCUGAAAAGAGUAAUGUGUCAAGAGAGAAGCAUCAAAUAUCAUAAUACCAGAAAUAUGUGUAAAGAAUUGAUUCCCCCUCUCCUCACCCACAUUUCUACAAUUCAUAGGAACAUAUCUUUUUGACUCUUGCAUGUGAUGGUGUCUUUCAAUUUACAGAAAGAUCACCACAGCCAUGCUGCAGCACUUAAAGGAGUAUCUCAAGCUUUAGUGUUGAUGUGGUUUUGAAAAUUACUUCUUAAGAGAUUUUGCUCCCAUGGUAAACAACCUUCCUUGUAUUCCUAUGGCUCUCUUUUGGGCUGUGGUUUUCCAUAGCUGAUAUAUCUUUUUUGAUCUGGGUUUCUUUGUAACGAGGUGACUUUCCAUUUCCCUUGUAGAGGAUGAGUUCAGAAGGCAGAGGAGCAAGCACACCUACUGCUGUAAAUAACACCAAACUUGUACAAAAGUAUUCUUUAACCACUUAGAGUGUCACCUAGUUAGUUAGCCACCCACUAUUACCCAGAACAUAUUUAAGUUUCUGCAACCAAACUUGAAUGAUGUCUUUAAAUUUCAGAAAGGCCAACUGUUAUGAUAACUACUAGCAUAGCACCUGUGACUUGUUUUCAUGCAGCAGCUUUUGUUAGGUUAUUUCAAGAGUCUUUUAAGUUUAAUAUUCCUUCUAUUGCAACUUCUAGUCUCUAGAACUCACUGAAAACCACACAAGUAUUCCUUACUAUUCAAAAGGGAAAACAAAACAAAAACCAGCACAUCAGUUUUAAGGCAGACACCAGUUUUUUGACAAAGCAAAUAGAAUGUUCUUCCAGCUCUCUGUACCAACUUAAGAUGCCCAUUUUACAGUACUCAAGCCCAGUGAAAAUACAUUAAAGUGUGUCCAGGCUUGGUAAUGGGCAGUGGCUUUGGGCCAGAGCACAUUCCCAGGCUACCAAAAAAUUCCUCUUGGCUGCCCACAUACUUGACUUUUUGCUCUCAGGUAAGUGUCAUGAAGCCUUUUUGACUGCAGGAGAUGGAAGACAUGCAAAGUUUUUAAAAUGUACCAGAAAUCCACUAGUACAUUUGGGCAUAUGUUUUCUUAGUAUAGAUCUUGACAACCUAUUUUACUGCCUAUGGCUGUUCUCUGUUACCUGACACUAAGGUUAUCACUUGCCUUGCUGCACAGCAGGGAAAAUACCUUUUGUAUUUAUUGUAAGUAAGUAUACUUCGGUAGUCACUGCUGUCUAAAUGACCUCAUUCCAUUUUUGGUGUUGGUGUUGCCCAAAGAUUGAAUGUGACUUUACCGCAUACUAUCAUUACUAAAUUGCAUUUCAACUGACAUUAAACUACUACACACCAGCAGUAUCAGAAUUAAAACAUAUGGAAUUUGGUUUUGAUUGCAGCAGUGGAUCAUUCAAAUCUGCCAAACUUCAUGCAAGCAUUGAAACAGAUGCACAAGUGCAUUCUAUUUGUUCUGGUCUCCUCUAUGAACAAAAAUGAACCUCUGCUUUAGUUCUUUCAGUGGAAGUGUGUAAAGCACUGAGAACAUUCCAAUGAAACCAUACCUCAGCUCACGUAAAGCAACUGGAAUUCUAAAUUAGCUUUCUAAUACUUGCAGUUUUAACUGGACUGUGACAGGAGGUCUCACCUCUGCCUGUCUGUCUUCACCACUGACAACCUCCCCCACCCUCCCAAAAAAGGAGGGGCAGAGGAGAGCACAGUUCUAAGUUUAGAACAAGUUACACUUUACAUCAAAUCUUAAUUUGUACCUUUUCUUAUGUAGCUGGAUAAAGAUAAAAUCUGACUUUAUGAGGUCUUUUCAAAACUGCCCCCUCUAAAUCACAAACCUAAUAAUUUAUUACACUCUCUUUUAGCAAGGCUGGGUUCAGUCUGGCAGCCCUCUCCAAGUCUUAAUGGAAAUUUACAGCGAUUAGCAUUUGUAUGGCUAAUUGUUUACAGACACUGCUUGAUAACAGCAGAUAAAUUAUUUCGUUGCCUUCAGUCAUAUUCAUUUCCAAGCUCCCCUGCGUCAUCUACACCUGCAAAUAAUCCACAGGAAUGAAGUGGAUACUGCUAAUUUUCUUUAUUUUCUCCGGUUUAGCUUCAUCCAAAAAUAAGAAAAAGCUUGCUAAAAUUGCAGACCACUUGUUCGUCUCAUUAAAUGCAACCCUCAGAUGGCGGAUGAACAAGUCAAGAAAAUGAUCACCGAUUUUACUGCUAUGAGAGACAAAUGCUGCAAGCAGACACUGGGACAUACUUGGGGGAAGAGGUAUUUUGUAUCUUUACAAACCACUUGACAACAGAAGCCGAUAUAGCAAAUGUCAGUGAAUGCAUUUAGAUCAAGAAAUUUAACCAGCUAGAGUGGCCAUUUGUACAGCUAGUUUUGCCAUGCAUUUGCCCCCAGAUAAUAAACUACUCCUCUAUAUAUAGACUACUUUCCAUACAAUUUGGUUACAUUUUCCGUAUUAUUCUGAUCCUUCAGUGUGAACUCAUUAGCUCCAAGAGGAGGUAUUUUCUAUUAACAAUUCAGAAAAUUAGUCUUUCUAGAAUGGUAUAUUCUAUGUCUUUCGAUAAAUGAAAAAACCCUCUACAGUAGUACAUGCCUUUUGAGUAUAGCAAUAACUAUAGGAAACACCCAGUUUGAUACCAGACCACUAGGCAUAAACUGUGUGAAAGAUUUUGUUAAAGGUCCCCUUUGACUCUAUGUUUGUAUUCUUUUUCUAGUUUGCAAACCUGAUAACCCAAAGUAAAGCCAUGUUAGGAAGUUGUAUCCAAAGCACUGCACAUAACAGCAGCAACCUCCCUCUACUAUAUGUAUGUUUUCAGACCAACUAUGUGUAUAAUUAUUUCUCUACUCUGCUACCACAUAUAAGACCUAUUGUCAUGAGACAAAAGGCCUCAGUCCUAGAAAAAGAUGACUGCAAAACAAAAUUGUAGAAGAGAAAAAUAUUUUUAAAUAUAGCAUAAAGGUCAAGAACAUUCUUGGGUCUUAUAGCACGCCAAGUUUGAGACCAUGAACUUCAUCUUUCUGGAUGCAAGCACUCCUCUGUUAUCACUAGUGCUAUAGGUUUUGAACAGCUUUGACUCAUGUAAUUAAUCAAUGCUCUGUUGAGAUGCAGGUUUGACCAAGGCUGAUCAGGAGCAUAAAUGUCCGUUUUCAGAACACAAGAUGAAACUGAUAUGCUCUUGUAUUUAGAGAAAUCUAGGUUUCACAAACCUACUUACUUUUGUAAGCUGAGCUCUGCAGUGAGGCUGAUCUUGCUUUCUUCAAGUCAGAGGUAAAGAGCACCCACGUUCUGAGUGAUUAGCACUACGCACUUAAGCCUGAACUGCACCAUGGACUUGUUACCAACUUUGGUAGGUGACUUCCUGGUGGUUUACAUAAGCAUUAGACUUUUAUAUAGUCUUUGAUUUCUCUCCAUUUAGGUUAACAACGCUAAUGAGGAAAAAGCCUUUUGCUCAGCCUCUCCUUUUCUUUCAGGCAGCAAAGUAGUCACUUAAUUUAAGUCUGAGAAUACAUCAAUUUUUCAUACCCUUUUCAAUUCUAUUGUCUGUUUAAAUGGGUGUCCUGGUUUUGUUAAAAACAGGACCAGUUCUCUUUUAGUGAAUUUUCCUUUCAGCCAUGUUCUUCUAAGUGCCUUCUAAGUAACUGCACUUUUCUGAAUUUUUGCCUGCAAAAUUUUUGCCUGACAGAUUUUAUUGGUGUCAUGACUUGGAUUCAAAUGAAAAACGCUGACAGUUUUAUGAGCGCCAGAACAAGGACAGGGUUUGAGUGAGAAGGGGUAAGAGUGGUAUUUGAUAAUUAGCCUAAGCAGCUUCCUGGGUAGUGCAAGUGGGAAAGUUUUAGACUUUGAUAUGAGCAAUCUGGGUUCGAACCCUCUUGUGGGAGGAAAACAAUAGAUCUGUGUGCUUCACAGGUCAUAAAGCAGACUGCAGUUUGUGUUUGUUUUUGAUUUAAAGGAUGUUGUUGCAAAUCUGGUAUUAUUUGUAAUAUUUACUCACUUGGUUGGAUUCAAUGGUGCCUCUUUUGGGAUUGAUGCUUAUUGUUAGUGUUUAUGUGCAGAGCAUCAUCUUUGGAAGUUUGGAUAAAACUGCUAUCAUAGCUUUGUUCCUGGGUUGUGUAGCAUUGCUUUAUUUGGUGGUAAUUAAGCCAAUGAUGUAUUUUUACUCACUGUUACACUUUGCGAGUAUGCAUUUUUUGAAUUCUUCGGUAGAAGCAAAAGAAAUUAAAGAGACUUGUACCUUUUGUUUUCUCAGUUUCAGGAAUGAAAUUUUAGGAGAGCUAUUCAACUUCUCCUUGCCUUUUUCAUUAGAGGGAAUUACAGAUUGUAUGGGAGUGUAGCGCAAGAUUGGCAAGGAGGUUAGGCUUCUCUAUUCAUAUUAUCACCAGGUGGUUCCUCAAUUUCUUUCCUGUGAGCUAAAACACACCCUAACAAGCUCUUUUCAGAAUACCACUACUGUGCUGUCCUCCCAUUAUGCUUAAUACAGAACAAUACAGCUCAUAACAAACACAAACUAGGAGCAUUAAUACAUAUAUCAAUACUCCACAGAUAAUACCAAAAGCUACUCACAACAUACAAUCCCCACUCUCUCCAAAACUUACAAUUAACACAAAACAAUUCAGGCGCACAGCUCAAAUCUAUGUAACACUCAGUUCUACAGUUAGGACACUUUACAAUAUAGCUGGGUUCACAACACUCACACUCCUUACAAGUUAAAGCCACAGCAGCUUCUGCUAUAUUUUUAGGCAUUAAAGUGCAUAACUAUGAACAAAACUACACUAUGCUUUACAACUAUAUGCAGAGCUGGCUUUAGGCCACAACAGUUUCAGCAGAGGAAGUUUUCACAUCACAACCACCACAGCAGAGAGAGUUUUCCACACAAACCACUCUGCAGCAGCUACUGGCAACUGCAUUGCCACUACAGUAUACCUUCAAGGUACUAGCAAUCUGGUAUAUGCUAUCCUGCAUACGACUUACGGAUAGUUCUGACUGGACCCCUUUUACAUUUUUCUUAUUUUUGAAAAUAAUGCCUUCUUACCAGAAGUCCUUGUCUGUCCCCACAGCAAUCCGAUUGAGACAAGGAGUAUGUCCAGAGAAAUCUCCAGGGCAUGCCAAGAGAGUCCUUGACUCAACAGAUCCUGCAGCCGGGCAGAGUGGGACCUCCUGGCCUGGCUCACCAACUGAAACGGAGAAAUAAACUUAACAGUAGAGUCAAUUAUACUGUUAAGUGGCAUUCUUUAUUUUAUCAGCACUCAGGAACACUGGGGAUCAUCCUCCAUAAGUGCUCCAAAGACUGGAUACUCUUGCGUUGCUUAUAUUCACAUAAUUAUUACAUAUGCAUUAGAAUUUUUGAAAAUUUUGACAUACUAUACAUCUACACUAAGAAAUAAUUGAUGAUGUUAGUUAUAAUUGUUUAGUUUUUUACUUACAAUACAUCUAUUAAUUAUUAGUUAAAUAUAAACUAAGCACUCUGCUUCUAAACAAUGUUUCACUUAAUCUUCUGUCUCCCUCGUCUCUCUCUUGUCGUGCAGAAGGAACUAUAACUUGAAAAAUAUCCCCUCAUUUUACAGGUGGUCAGAAAGCAUUUGUCUCAUUUCAAUUGGUUAAUGAUGGAUACGUCUUUUGUAGUUUAAUCACAGUGUACAUUUAUUUGGCAGCUUCUCUUCAGGUGGAGUGGAAGAACCUUCCCCUUUCAAGUACAAGGCAAAAAUGGACACUAUGUGCACUUGAACCAAGGGAAAUCCUCAUCUGUUUAAGCAAGUGGUAUGAAAUAUCAGGCAGCAUGGCUUCAAAAAGGAAUUUGGACUUGACAGCUGUCUCUGCUCUGUGAGACCACUUGGGGGUAGGCUGCAAAUGGAGGAGUCUUAGGAGUAUUACCAGUGUAAAGAAAACUAACCCAAUGAAAGGAUGACUGUCAGAAGAGAAAUCCUAGACAAGGCAAUGCCAGACACUUGACUCCAGGUGUCAAGGGAGAAUUUUUACUCCACAACCUAAAACUGCACUAGGUCCAGACUGAGCUGUACAAUAGUCAACAUCUUGACACCAGUGGCUUCCACAAAGCAGCCUCAAGGAAUGCAGCCUUUUCAAAAGUGCAUGAUUUUUGUUUUGAUAGCUGUGGGCAGAUACAGGAAGUUCCCCACGUUACUCAAAAGUGCUGUGUAAGCAGGUCACAGUAACCAAAGUUUGUGUUGUGUUAAGAUAACAGGGAUUGUGUUGUAUUAAGAUAACUUGGUUUGACAUUUGGCAAUGGUGUUUCCCUUGGCUAGAUCAUCAUGCAUACAGGUGCCAGAUAAAGACAAGGACAAGCUGUAAAUGUCACCCUUUGUACUUUGCUGUGUUCAGUUCAGUUGUAGCCAACUCAACAUGGGAUUUGGAACACAGAUAAAAGUAGGACUGUUUUGCUUAGGAAGCUGGUGGGGGAGGUGAGGAAUAGAAGGGGUGAGUGGGAAGGAUUUUAUCUUGAGGAAUUGCUUACCUGUUCCAUUCCAGAUGUCAUAGGUUCGUGUAUGCUCUCAUACUCAACCAGAUUUACUUCCCAAUAAGGAGUAUGUUGUGUUCGUAACAAACAUAGAAUGUUAUGCAGCAGCCUCUACAAAAUAUCACUCCUUUAACAUUUUCACGCUAAAUAUUGGGCUGCAUAUUCCCCUCUUGAUAGUCAGGAACCGCUGAGUGUCAAUGAUUGCUUUUUCCCCCCUCUUAGCGGGUGGUAACUACUGCAAUCCAGAAGCUCCUGAAGGACAUUCAUUGCACUGAACAGGGAAAAUAGAAGAGCAUCUCCUGGAAAUGAUCAUCAACUAAGGCAAAACAAGGUUAUAUCAAAUGAAACCAUCUCAUUAUGGUGUGAAAGAAAGGAUCCUACAGAGCAAAAGCAGAAACUAAGGUCUCUUGAUGAAGCCAUACUGGCACCAACACCACCCUCUUGAACUAGACUGGAUCGUGAGCUCACCCUAACCCUAACCCUGGCCCUGACCUUAACCCUAACCCUAACCCUGAACCUAACCAUAACCGUGAUCCUAACCAUGACCCUAACACUAACCCUAACCACUAACCCUGACCCUGACACUGAACCUAACCCUAACACUAAUCCUAAUCCCUAAGCCUAACCCUGACCCUGAACCUAAGCCUAACCCUAACCCUAACCAUAAUCCUAACCCAAAACCUGACCCUGACCCUAACCUAACCCUACCCCUAACCCUAACUUUAAACACGAACCCUAACCCUAUCCAUAAACCUACCCACUGACCCUAAAGCUGACCCUAACACUAACCCGGACUCUCACCCUAACACUAACCCUAAACCCUGACCCUAACCCUGACCCUGACCCUAUCCCUAAACGUGAUCCUGACACUGAAACUGAACCAAACCCUAACACUAAUCCUAACCCCUAACGUUAACCCUGACCCAAACCCUAACGCCUAACCCUGAACCUGAUCCUGACCCUAACCCGUAACCCUGACCCUAACGCUAACCCUUACCCUUACCCUUACCCUUACCCUUACCCUUACCCUUACCCUUACCCUAACCCUAACCCUGACCCUAACCCUAACUCUGACCCUGACCCUAACCCUAAUCCAAACCCAAUCCCUGACCUUGACCCUAACCCUGACCCUAACCCCAACCCUAACCCGAACCCCUAACCCUAUCUCUGACCCUGACCCUAACCCUAAUCCAAACCCAAUCCCUGACCUUGACCCUAACCCAAACCCUUCCUCUGACCCUAAUCCUAACCCUGACCCUGACCCUGAACCUAGCCCUAACAGUAAACCUUACCCUGACCCUGACCUUAACCCUGACACGGACUCUGACCCUGACCCUAACCCUAACCCUUCCCCUUACCCUAACCCUAACCAGGACCCUGACCCUGACACUAACCCAGACUCUGAACCUAAUCCUGACCCUAACCUAGAACCUAAUCCUAAACCUAAAUCUGACCCUAACCCUAACCCUGACCAUGACCCUAACCCUAAACCUGACACUAACCCUUUCCUUUACUCUAACCCUAACCAGGACCCUGACCCUAACACUAACCCGGACUCUCAUCCUAACACUAACACGAACCGUGACACUAACCCUAACACUAAUCCUAAACCCUGACCCUAACCCCUAACCCUGACCCUGACCCUAUCCCUAAAUGUGAUCCUGACACUUAAACUGAACCAAAACCUAACCCUAACACUAAUCCUAACCCCUAACGUUAACCCUGACCCUGACCCUGACCCUAACCCUAACAUGAACUCUGACCCUGACCCUGACCCUAAACCUAACCCUGAUCCUGACCCUGACCCUAACACUAAACCUGACCAUAACCCUAAUCAGGACCCUGGCCCUGACUCUGACCCUAAUCCUAACCGUGACCUUAACCAUGACCCUAACACUAACCCUAAUCCCUAACCCUGACCCUGAACCUAACCCUAACACUAAUCCUAACCCCUAACCGUGACCCUGACCCUAACCCUAACCUUAACCGUAAUCCUAAUCCAAGACCAGACCCUGACCCUAACCCUAACCCUGAUCCUGACCCUGAACCUAACUCUGACCCAAAUCCUAAACCCGAACAUAACCUUAACCCUAUCCCUAACCCUAACACUGACCCUAAACCUAACCCUGACCCUAACCCUAAAACCUAACCCUAACCCUAACAUUAACACUAACCCUAACCCUAACCCCUAAACCUAACCCUAACCCUGAUCCUGACCCUGAACCUAACAUUAACCCCUAACCCUGACCCUAAGCCUAACACUAACCCUAACCCAAACCCCUAACCCUAACCCUGACCCUGACUCUAGCCCAAACCCUAAUCCUGACCCUGAACCCUGAACAUAACCCUGACCAUGACCCUAACCCUGACCCUAACCAAGACCCUGACCCUAACCCUAACCCUAACACGGACUCUGACCCUGACCUUAACACCUAACCCUAACCCUAACCCUGACCCGAACCCUAACGCCUAACCCUGAACCUGAUCCUGACCCUAACCCUAACCCGUAACCCUGACCCUAACGCUAACCCUUACCCUAACCCUAACCCUAACCUAACCCUACCCCCUAACCCUAACCCUGAUCCUGACCCUGACACUAACCCAGACUCUCACCCUGACCCUAACCCUAAACCUGACCCUAACCCUAACACUAACCCUAACCCCUAACCCUAACCCUGACCCUGACCCUCACUCUAACCUAAACCCUAAUCCUGACCCUGAACCCUGAACAUAACCCUGACCAUGACCCUAACCCUGACCCUGACCCUAACCAAGACCCUGACCCUAACCCUAACCCUAACAUGGACUCUGACCCUGACCAUAACCCUAACCCUGACCCAAACCCUAACGCCUAACCCUGAACCUGAUCCUGACCCUAACCCAUAACCCUGACCCUAACGCUAACCCUUACCCUUACCCUGACCCUAACUCAGACUUUCACCUUGACCCUAACCCUAAAACCUGACCCUAACUCUAACACUAACCCUAACCCCUAACCCUGACCAUGACCCUAUCUCUAACCAUGACCCUGACACCUAACCCUAACGCCUAACCCUGAACCUGACCCUGACCCUUACACCUACCCUAACCCUGACCCUAACCUAACCCUACCCCCUAACCCUGACCCUGACCCUGACCCUAACCCGGACUCUCACCCUGACCCUAACCCUAAACCUGACUCUAACCCUAACACUAACCCUAACCCCUAACCCUGACCCUGACCCUAUCUUUAACCAUGACCCUGACUCUAACCCUAACACUCACCCCAGCCCUAACCCUAACCCUGACCCUGACCUGUAACCCUAACCCUAAAUCUGAACCUAUCGCUAACCCUAACCCUAAGCCUGACCCUACCCUAACCCUGACCCAAAUUCUAACACUAAAGCCUAACCUUAACCCCUAACCCUGGCCCUGAUCCUAACCCUAAGCCUGACCCUACCCCUGACCCUGACCCUAACCUAACCCUACACCUAACACUAACACUUAACCCGAAUCCUAACCCUAACCCCUAACCCUAACUCUGACCCUAACAAUAACCCGAACUCUCACCCUGACCCUAACCCUGACCCUGACCCUACCCCUAACCCUAACCAGGACCCUGACCCUGACCCUAAACCUAACCCAAACCCUGGGCGUGACCAUGACCCUAACCCUAAAACCUAACCCUAUCCCUAAUAUUAAUCCUAACCCUAACCCUAACCCUGAUCCUGACCCUGAACCUAUACCUAAACCUAACCCUACCCCAAACCCUAACCCUAAGUGUAACCCCUAACUCCUAACUCUAACUCCUAACCCUGACCCUAACACCUAAUCCUGACCCUAACCCUGUCCCUAACCCUAACCCUGAAACUAACCCCUAACCCUAACCCUAACACCUAACCCUAACCCUGACCCUGACUCUAACCAGAACCCUAAUCCUGAACCCUGAGCAUAACCCUGACCAUGACCCUAACACUAAGCCUGACGCAGAUCCUGACCCUGAACCUAACACGGACCCCAAACCUAGCCCUGACCCUGACCCUAACCCAGACCCUGACCCCAACCCUGACCCUAACCCAGACCCUGACCCCAAUCCUGACCCUAACCCAAACCCUUCCCCUGACCCUAAUCCUAACCCUGACCCUGACCCUGAACCUAACCCUAACAGUAAACCUUCCCCUGACCCUGACCUUAACCCUAACACGGACUCUGACCCUGACCCUAACCCUUCCCCUAACCCUAACCAGGACCCUGACCCUGACACUAACCCGGACUCUGAACCUAAUCCUGACCCUAAUCCGGAACCUAAUCCAAAACCUAAAUCUGACCCUAACCCUAACCCUGACCAUGACCCUAAACCUAACCCUAACCCUGACCCUAACCCUUUCCCUUACUCUAACCCUAACCAGGACCCUGACCCUAACACUAACCCGGACUCUGAACCUAACCCUGACCCUAACCCAGAACCUAAUCCUAAACCUAAACCUGACCCUAACCCUAACCCUGACCAUGACCCUAACCAUGACCCUAAACCUAACCCUAACCCUAAACCUGACCCUAACCCUAACCAGGACCCUGACCCUGACCCUAACACUAACCUGGACUCUGACCCUAACCCAGAACCUAAUCCUAAACCUAAACAAGACCCUAACCCUAACCCUGACCAUGACCCUAACUAUGACUCUAAACCUAACCUGUAACCCUAACCAGAAUCCUGACCAUAACACUAACCCCUAACCCUGACCCUAACCCUAACCCCUAAACCUGACCCUAACCCUGACCCUAUCCCUAACACUGACCCUAACCCUAACCCCUAAACCUAACCUAACCCUGAUCAUGACCCUGAACAUAACCCUAAACCUAAGCCUAACCCUAAACCUAACCCUAACCCUAACAUUAAUCUUAACGCUAAACCUGACCGUAGCCCUAACCCUAACCGUGAUCGUGACCUUGAACCUAACCCUAACCUUAACCCUGACCCUAACCCUAGCCUUAACCCUAACCCUAAGCGUAACCCCUAACUCUAACACCUAACCCUGAACCUAACACCUAACCCUGACCCUAACCCUAACCCCUAACUCCUAAACCUAACCCUAACCCUAACCAUAAACUCUAACCCUAACCCUAACCCAAAACUCUAACCCUAACCCAGACUCUGACCCUAACCCUGACCCUAACCCUAACCCUAACACGGAACCUAAUACUAAACCUAAACCUGACCCUAACCUAACCCUGAUCCUAACUCUAAUAUAACCCUAACCCUAACAUUAAUCUUAACCCUAUACCUGACGCUAGCCCUAACCCUAACCGUGUUCGUGACCUUGAACCAAACCCUAACCCUAACCCUGACCCUAACCCUAGCCUUAACCCUAACCCUAAGCGUAACCCCUGACUCUAACACCUAACCCUGAACCUAACACCUAACCCUGACCCUAACCCUAACCCCUAACUCCUAAACCUAACCCUAACCCAGACUCUGACCCUAACCCUGACACUAACCCUAACCCUAACCUGGAACCUAAUACUAAACCUAAACCUGACCCUAACCCUAACCAUGACCCUAACCUGUAACCCUAACCCUAAGCGUAACCCUUAACUCCUAACCCUAACACCUAACCUCGAACCUAACACCUAACCCUGCCACUAACCCUAAUCGCUAACUCCUAACCCUAACAACUAACCCUAACCCUAACCCUAAACCCAAACCCUACCCCUAACCAUAAACCUAUCCCCUAACCCUGACCCCAACCCUAACACUAACCUGGACUCUCACCCUGACCCUAACCCUAACACUAACCCUGACCCUAACCCAGAACCUAAUCCUAAACCUAAACAAGACCCUAACCCUAACCCUGACCAUGACCCUAACUAUGACCCUAAACCUAACCCUAACCCAUAACCCUAACCAGAAUCCUGACCAUAACAAAAACCCCUAACCCUGACCCUAACCCUAACCCCUAAACCUAAACCUAACCCUAACCCUAACACUAAUCUUAACCGUAAACCUGACCCUAGAAAUAACCCUAACCGUGAUCAUGACCCUGAACAUAACCCUAACCCUAACCCUGACCCUAACCCUAGCCUUAACCCUAAUCCUAAACGUAACCCCUAACUGCUAACUCUAAUACCUAACCCCGAACCUAACACCUAACCCUGACCCUAACCCUAACCCCUAAAUCCUAACCCUAACCAUAAACUCUAACCCUAACCCUAACCCUAACCAUAAACGCUAACCCUAACCCUAAACUCUAACCCUAACCCGGACUCUGACCCUAACCCGGAACCUAAUACUAAACCUAAACCUGACCCUUACCCUAACCCUGAUCAUAACCCUAACCAUGACCCUAAACUUAACCCCUAACCCUAACCAGCAUCCUGACCCCAACCCUAAUGCAGUCCCUGACCCUAACCCUAACCCUGACCCUAACCCGUAACCCUAACCCUAAGCGUAACCCUUAACUCCUAACCCUAACACCUUACCCCAAACCUAACACCUAACCCUGCCCCUAACCCUAAUCGCUAACUCCUAACCCUAACCCUAACAACUAAACCUAACCCUAACCCUAACAACUAAACCUAACCCUAACCCUAACCCUAAACCCAAACCCUACCCCUAACCAUAAACCUAUCCCCUAACCCUAACCCUGACCCCAACCCUAACACUAACCUGGACUCUCACCCUGACCCUAACCCUAACACUAACCCUAAACCCUAACACUGACCCUGACACUAACCUUGACCCUGACCCUAACCCCAACCCUAUCCCUAAACCCUAACCCUAACCCCAAGCUGAACCAUUAACCCUGACCCUGAACCGAGACCGUAACCCUGACCCUGACCCUAAACCUAGCCCUGACCCUGACCAUGAUCCUGAAACUAACCCUAACCCCGACCAAAACCCUGACCCUGACUCUAACCCGGACCCUGACGCUGAUCCCAACCCUGACCCUAACCCCUAACCCUAACCCUAAUUGGGACCCUGACCCUAAACCUAACACGAACUCUGAACCUGGCCCUAACCCUUCCCCUGACCCUAAAACCAACCCUAACCCUGACCCUAACCCUAACACGAACUCUGAACCUGUCCCUAACCCUUCCCUUGACCCUAAACCCAACCCUAACCCUAACCCUAAACCCUAACCCUAACCCUAACCCUGACCCUGACCCUAACCCUAACCCGGACUCUGACCCUAACCCUAACCAGGACCCUAACUCUAAACCUAUACCUGACCCUAACCCUAACCAUGACCAUAACCCUAACCAUGACCCUAAACCUAACCCCUAACCCUAACCAGGAUGCUGACCCUAACCCUAACCCAGACCCUGACCCUAACCCUAACCCUAUCCCUAACACUAACACGGACACUGACCCCUAACCCUAACCCUAAGCCUGACGCUAACCCUAACCCUAACCCUGACCCUAACCUAACCCUACCCCUAGCCCUACUGAUAACCCUAACCCUAAUCCCGAACCCUAACCCUUACCGUAAACCUACCCCCUAACCCUAACCCUGACCUUGACCCUAACACCAACCUGGACUCUCACCCUGACCCUAACCCUAAACCUAACCCUAACCCCUAACCCUGACCCUGAUCCUAUCUCUAACCCAAAACCUGACACUGAACCUGAACCUAACCCUAACCCUAACCUCUAACCCUAUCACUCACCCCAACCCUAACCCUAAACUCUAACCCUGACGCUAACCCUAACCCUAACCCUAACCCUAACCCUAACCCUAACCCUGACCCUGACAUAACCCUAAGCCUAACCCUAACCCUAACCAGGACCCUAAUCCUAAUCCUAACCCAAACCCUGACCCUGACCCUGACCCUGACCCUAACCCUAACCUGGAACCUAAUCCUAAACCUAUACCUGACCCUAACCCUAACCCUGACCAUAACGCUAACCAUGACCCUAAAUCUAACCCCUAACCCUAACCAGGAUCCUGACCCUAACCCUAACCCAGACCCUGACCCUAACCCUAACACUAUCCCUAACCCUAACAUGGACUCUGACCCCUAACCCUGACUCUGAUCCUGACCCUAACCCUAACUGGUAACCCUGACGCUAAAGCUAACCCUAACCCUAAUCCCGAACCCUAACCCUUACCGUCAACCUACCCCUAACCCUAACCCUGACCUUGACCCUAACACUAACCUGGACUCUCACCCUGACCCUAACCCUAACCCUAAACCUAACCCUGACCCGUAACCCUAACACUCACCCCAAACCUAACCCUAAACUCUAACCCUGACCUUGACCCUGACCCUAACCCUAAACCAAACCCUAACCCCUAACCCUAACCCUAAACUUGACCCUAACCCUAACCAGGACCCUGACCCUGACCCUGACCCUGACCCUAACACUAACCCUAACCCUAAACUCUAACCCUAACCUGGACUCUGACCCUAACCCUGACCUUAACCCUAAACCUAGCCUUAACCGUAACCCUAAGCCUAACCCCUAACUCCUAACCCUAAGCCUAACCCUAACCCUAAACCUAACCCUAUCCCUGACCCUAACCCUAACACAAACUCUGACCCCUAACCCUGACCUUGAUCCUGACCCUAACCUGUAACCCUGACCCUAAGCGUAACCCCUAACUCCUAACACUAACCCUAACCUCUAACCUCUAACCCUGACCCUAACCCUACUCCUAGCCCUAACCCUAAACCCGAACCCUAACCCUAACCGUAAACCUACCCCCUAACCCUAACCCUGGCCCUGACCCUAACACUAACCUGGACUCUCAUCCUGACCCUAACCCUAACCCUAACCCUAACCAUAAACUUGACCCUAACCCUAACACUAAACUCUAACCUUAACCCGGUCUCUGACCCUAACCCUAACCCUAGCCUUAACCCUAACCCUAAACGUAAUCCCUAACUCCUAAGCAUAACCCUAACCCUAAACCUAACCCUCUCCCUAACCCUAACCCUGACACUAACCCUAACACGGACUCUGACCCCUAACCCUGACCCUGAUCCUGACCCUAACCCGUAACCCUAACCCUAACGCUAACCCUAACCCUAAACUCUAAACCUAACCCCUAACCCUGACCCUGACCCUAAUCCUACUCCUAGCCCUAACCCUAAACCAGAACCCUAACCCUAACUGUAAACCUACCCCCUAACGCUAAACCUAACCCUGACCCUAACCCUACUCCUAGCCCUAACCCUAAACCCGAACCGUAACCCUAACCGUAAACCUACCCCCUAACCCUAACCCUGACCCUAACACUGACCUGGACUCUCACCCUGACUCUAACCCUAACACUAACCCUAACCCCUAACACUGACCCUGACCCUAUCUCUAACCCAAACCCUGACACUGACCCUAACCCUAACCCUAACCCUAACCUCUAUCCCUGACCCUGACACUAACCCUAAACCUAACCCUAACCCUAACCAGGACCCUAACUCUAAUCUUAACCCAAACCCUGACCCUCACCCUGACCCUGACCCUGACUCUAACCCAGACCCUGACCCUAACCCGAACCCUAACCCUAAACCCUAAACCCUAACCCUCACCCUAAGCUGAACCCCUAACCCUAACCCUGAACCUUAACCCUGACCCUUACGCUGACCCUAAUAUGGACUCUGACCCUAACCCUAACCCUUCCCGUGACCCUAAUCCUAACCCUGACCCUGACCCUGAACCUAACCCUAACCCUAAACUUGACCCUAACCCUAACCAGGACCCUGACGCUUACCCUGACUCUAACCCUGACCAUAACCCCAACCCUAACCCUAAACUCUAACCCUGACCUUGACCCUAACCCUAUAUCCUAACCCAAACCCUGACCCGACCCUGACCCUAACCCUGACCCUGACCCUUGUCCUAACCCUGACCCUCGCCCUAACCCUAACGCUAAACCCUAACCCUAACCCUAAUCCCUAACCCUAACCCUAAUCCCUAACCCUAACCCUAAGACGAACCCCUAACCCUAAGCCUGAAUGGUGACCAUAACCCGUAACCCUGACCCUAACCCUAACCCUGACCCUGACCCUGAUCCUGAACGUAACCUUAACCCUGGCCCUAACCCUUACCCUAACCCUGACCCUGACUCUAACCCGGACCCUGACCCUAGCCCCUAACCCUAACAUGGACUCUGACCCUGAUCCUAACCCUGACCCUGAUCCUGAACCUAACCCUAACCCUGACCCUAACCCUGAUCCUGACCCUUACCCUGACCCUGACCCUAACAGUAACCUGGACUCACACCCUGACCCUAACCCUCACACUAACCCUAACCCCUAACCCUGACCCUAUCUCUAACCCUGACCCUGACACUGAACCUGAACCUAACCCUAACCAACACUCACCCCAACCCUAACCCUAAAUGUGAACACUAUCCCUAACCUCUAACCCUAACCCUAACCUCAUGAGUCAGUUCUCAAAGUCCAAAAUAGUACUAAAGAAGAAAUUACCAGCAUUAAAGGAGCUGAAGACAAGGCAAGAUCUCUAGUGCUUGACCUUAGGUGCAGUAACACUGAAGGACGGACAGCGGGACUGGCAUCCCACUAAUCUGAUUUUUGUUUUCUUUAGUCAAGAAACAUCCAAGGGCCCCAUUUUCAGAUAUUCACAAUACUGAAUUGUCUCAGUUACCAGCAAAGACUGCUUUGCCAGAAACAUGGUGAACCAAGUCUACCUCAGGCCCCUGCCAAAAUCUGACAAUAUGAAGUGGAGAACAACAAUUCAUGUUAUUUUAUUGGUGAGCCUGACUGUAGUCAAAGCCCUGACUCAAAGUUAUUGGGAAACAGAAGAAAAGCUCAGUAUUGGCCAACAUUUUUCUCAUCUUCAAGAGAAUAAUUUUACAGCCAUUGCCAUGAUCGUGUUUGCUCAGUACAUGCGAGGAGGGACAUUUGGCAAAGCAGUGAAAAUGGCUGAAGGCAUCACAGACAUUGCCAAAAGGUGUGCUGCUGCAAACAGAGACAACAUUGACUGCCUGGAGCCUUUGGACAGGGUUUUGCUCAAUCCAAUAUGCCGGGAGGAAAAUCUUCUACAGUUUACUGACUGCUAUGCUAAAAAGGAUCCUGAAAGACAUGACUGCUUCCUCUCCCUUAAAAAAAAAUAUCCAUCAGGAGACAUUUCUCCUUUUGAGAGGCCAAACGUUGAAGCUGCCUGCAAAAACCAUUCGCAGCAUCAACAUCCAUUAAUGGGACAUUUUAUCUACGAGGUUUCACAAAGGCAUCCUUUCCUCUAUGCCCCAACAAUUCUUUCUGCUGCAACCAGUUAUGAUGAGACUAUGAACUGCUGCAGAAAUGCUGAAGACCCCACUCACAACCUGGAGGAAUGCUUUCAGAAACAGGCACCAAAGGUGUUGAAGCCAAUAAAAGAAGACAGCCUGAGGCAGGAACAUACAUGUGGAAUCUUGAACAAGUUUGGAGAAAGGACUUUAAAGGCUCUGAAGCUUGCUCAGAUAAGCCAAACAUUUCCUAAAGCUGAUUUUGUUACCGUUAACAAACUUGUGAUGGAUAUUGUUAACAUGCACAAGGACUGCUGUUGUGGAGAUAUGCUGGACUGUAUGCAUGAUAGGGAAAGGAUUCUAUACUAUGUCUGUACCAACCAAGACAUCAUAUCAAGUAAAAUUAAGAAGGUCUGUGAAAAGCCUCUGCUACAAAGAAGUGAAUGCAUAGUUAAUGCAGAAAAUGACAACAAACCUGCAGACUUGUCCCCUCACAUCAGAGAGUUUAUAGAAGACAAAAUACGUGAACGUUUUGCCCAGGAAAAAGAUAGGCAUUUAGCCAGGUUUAUGUAUGAAUAUUCCAGGAGACACACUGAAUUUUCCGCUCAAAUGCUUUUAAGAACUGGUAAAGGAUACAAGGACCUGCUGAAAGAGUGCUGCAAAACUGGUUGUCCAGCUGACUGCUGCAGCAGAGGCGAGGAAGAACUGAGGAAACAUAUUUAUGAAACUGAAAGUGUCAUGAAGACAAGUUGUGACCUUUACAAGGAGAAAGGAGUUUACUAUUUCCAAAACGAAAAUUAUCAUUUCGGGCUUCUCUUGAGUUUCACCAAGAAGAUGCCUUAGCUAACAUCUGCAGAGCUGAUAAAAUUCACCAAGGAAAUGACUACAAUUGGCUCCAAAUGCUGCCAGUUAGGCCAAGACAAGCUACUGCCUUGUGCUGAGGAAAAUCUGGAUCUCGUACUUGGAGAAAUAUGUAGAAGACACCUGACCAAUCCUAUAAACCCAGGCAUCUGUCACUGCUGUAGUAGCUCCUACACACUUAGGAGGCCAUGCAUGGGCAAACUAGAAAGUGAUGAGAGUUAUGUGCCUUUAUCAUUGACUCCUGGUCUCUUCAGUUUCCAUGACGACUUGUGUACAACUGAAGAGGACAAAUUAGAGCAAAAGAAACAGGAAAUGCUCAUCAACCUCAUCAAAUACAAGCCCUAGAUCACAAAGGAGCAGCUGAGUUCUGCCACGGUGGCCUUUACUGCCAUGAGGGAACGGUGCUGCAAAGAAGAGAACCAUGAACCAUGUUUUGUGAAAGAGGGUCCAGAACUUAUGGAAAAGAAGUGAAAAAUGUUGACAGCAUAAAGAGCUCACAUAGCAUAAUGGAAAAUAUUUGAUAAGUGAUACAAAGACAGACAAAUUUAACAGUGAGCAUCUCUUUUCUAAACAUUUGUCUUAGAGGAGAAAAAGAUGUUGCAGCUUUUUACUCACAAAACAAAUGAAGUUGUGAUGGUUUACGCCAGCUACAGUUUUGCCACUGUCCCAUUUGCCACUGUAAACAAGAUAAAAGAGGUGCCUCAGAAUGAAACAUCAAAUUCCUGCAAAGAAUCUGCUGAGCUGUGGAACUGUAAAGCUCAUCUGCUCAGAGAGUUCAGCUCACCUGAAUGUUGAAUGUGUGCAUCAACUGUAUUCAGAUGGGGAAGGAACCUGUACACAAACUUCGUACAUAUUUCCCGUCACUUUGAUUCAAAAUGAUCAAUAGCAUGUAAAAUUUAAACUAAAACAAGUAAUGCAAACCCAGAUUAAGUCAAGAGAGAAGGUGUACUGAUUAGGGGAAAUCUGCCAAAAGAGUAAGUUGAACAGACAGAAGAAAUUCAGGGUUUAUAUGUGGCCACCAUCUUAUGCUAUGGAAUAUUAUUUUUCUUAAACCAAAUAGUAACAGACAAAAAUAAAACUGUUCUAAAUCUUAGGCUUACAAAGCAUAAAGGCAAAGGAGAUCAAUUUUUAAAAAAUCUGCCUGUAACCACUUUUAAAUUAUUUUCAAUCACCAAAUAAUUACUUUUGCAUUUGCAUAGCACUGUCCCUGAAUUACAACACAUUCAUUCACUAAUAUGGGUUGCUCUAGGGGAGUUAUAAAGUUGUCUUUAAGCAAAGAAAAAGAUUAUCUUGGGCAUCCUGGAGUGGGCAAGAAAGAAUUGAGAUGAGAAACGUGUCAUGGAAAGGACAGAAGAUGAAACGCCAGAACUCUUGAUCAGCAGGGAAAGCACCAGAUGGCUGCUAUAUUUAUACUCAAGAUAGCUUGACACACAAACAGCAUUUGGGUUUUUACUUUCUAUUCAAAUAAAGAGAAAUUCGAAGGCAUGUUAAAAAAAAAAAAAAAAAAAUCAAAACAGUUAAAGAAAAAUGUUUUAUUUCUGGAAACCUGUGCCUUGAAGGAAGAGAUACCCAAAUUUUCAGAUUUUCUUGGUGGAUGUACCUAGCAGUAGUUAUCCUGGGAGUAUUUGAAAAUAUCUGUAAAAUAUUGCACAAACAAAUGUCUCAUAUAAUGCAAGCCUAGCUUAAAGUAUUGUCACCAGAGAGAAGUUUCAGAGUCAGACUGAAGAGCUCAACCAAACUGAGUCCCAUAGGAAUUAAUCCUGUAUAUACUGCUAGGCAAUAUUUUAAUUCAGGACAGAAUAACAAAAAUAAAACACAUGCACUACAUUUGUGGCUGACAGAAAGAUGGAGAGAAGAUGAGGCAACAUUUUAAAUAUCAAAAUCACCUUGGCAAGUUAGAGAAUUAGUGUUGAAAAAAACAGCGAUGUUUUAUGAGAACAAAUGUGACAUACGACAUAGGUACAACUAAGCAGCUGCACAAUUUCAGUACAGGAGAACUACUCGUUAAGGAGUUGUACAGAUAACAAUGUGGUUACAACAAAUCACAAGCUGACUCACCAUUGGUUAUUAGCUGCUGAUUCAAGUCUAUCAUGGUGCUUGUGUACUAGGGGUAUAAGCAGAAGAAAACCAGAUAAACAAGAUGAAUAAGCCAUGUAACGCACUGUACAAGUAUUCUGACAUCGGGCCUGUGAGAAACUCCAAGAGUCGACAGCAUAAGAACAAGCAGUGGAAAAAAUACAAGAAGCAAGGACUGUAUGCUACUUGAUACAUCAAGGACAGAGGGAUUGAUACAGGAUUGAUACAUCAGGGACAGGGGGGUAACUUGUGAUAGACCAAAAAGUGCUUUUAUAGCAGUAACUUUGGUGGGAACGCAAAAUAUAUCGCUUACGUAACGACCAACUUAGCGAAUCAGCAAAUGCUUGAGCAAGCAUCAUAGCAAGUAUAAAUGCAAGCCUGAGUUUGUAAUAAAUGUCUCUCAUGGCUCCUUACCGAGAGCCUGUGCCUCUUUUGCUACAAUGCACGUAUUGUGUGUCCACUUUCCUCACCUCCAAUAAGAACAGUUCUUGGGUACUUCACUUCUAGAAAGUAUUUCACUGAAAAGAAAGCAAGAGUAAUGGCCAAUGAUCCAUAAAACAUGAAAAGGAAAGCUCAAAUAGAUUGCAGUUGCUAAGUUUAGUAAGAAAGGCUGUAGGAACUCACAGAUCUUCACAUAGCAAAAAAAAAAAAAAAUUGAACCCAGGACAAUGAGCAGCCAGUCAGGCCCCAGUAAGGGGAACGAAGCACCAAGACCAACAGUCUGAAAAAUGUGGGGAGCUGAGAGCAAUGGAGAAAUAUUUAACAAGCACUUCCCAAGUAUCAGUGAUAGUUUUAAUAAAAAAGUUUUAAUAAAAAAAAGAAGAGAUGACCCUCUAAGGCUUCUCUUAGCAUUGUACUUUCUUAGGAUUUUAUGUUCUGAUGAAGAUCGGUCUUCUGGAAUUUGGGGAGGGGUUUGGGUUUUCAGCUUUUAUUAUUUUCCUUUUCUUUUUUUCUUUGUUGUUGUUGGUUUUUGGUUUUUGUUUUUUUGUGUGGUUGGUUGGUUUGGUUUUGUUUUAUUUUGGUUUUUUGUUGUUUUGUUUUUUGUAAAUCCCAUGUUGAUUUAGGAUUUUUCUCACAGGGUAGCCUGGUAGUACAAAUUGAGGUGAGAUUAUAUUCUAAUUGAUGCCUUAAUAGUUAACAUGUUAGACUCCAAAUUCAAUAGCAACCCCUAUUUCCUCCAUCACCUUUGUUUUUUAUAGCUGUCUUACCCUGAAUGUCCAAUAAUGCUCUGGAAUACAUUUGUCCCCUAUUCUUGUCUGUAUUUGUCAGAAACUAUUCAUUUAAAUGACCACAGUAUUCCCAAAGAACUAACACUGCAGCAGAGUUGCAGCUUUCACUAGUGCUUAAAACCCAGCAGACCAUAGAUAGUCUGUGCUAUGUUCUAUAGUUACUUUCCAGAAUCUUUUAGUCCCAAUUCAGCAGGACAAAUAAAAAAGAUUCAAGUAUUUAACAUCAGACAAUAGCUAAAAGGCUAAAUUUAGGAAUUGUGUACACUGGACUGGAGAACCUACUUGAAAACAGUUUCUUUUCCACAUGGUCUGUGCGUUGAUUUUUGUUUUAAACACAAAGGAAUUAUUAAUAUUUCAUACUCCAAAAAUUUUCAUACUUCACCUUCAUACAACUACUCAAGCAUUUACUGAAUGGAACACACAACAGAUAUAGCCUAUUCCGCAUUAAAAAACGACCUAAUACAUUUUUACUGAUUCUAAUGACAAACAGAUGGCAGCAGCACAGAUCUCUGUAGCACUUGCAAUUUCCCAGUGAGUGUAGACUGCUUCCCUGCUCCUGACCUUCAGCUACCUGAAUCCUGCUUUGCUAACGAGUUCCCACUUGCUCCUUAUAGUAACUUAAGCAGCAGAAAGCCAGAAAUCCAGACAAACAGGUCUGUCCCUAUUCUGACUAGAGCACCAUUUUCAUAGCGCUUCUGUAUGCCCAGAUGGUGCCUGAGAUGCAUCUGGCUGCAGAGGGAUGAGCAACUCAAUACAUGACAUGGCUACAACUGUCACCUUGGAGUUUAGGUAGGACCUUGACUGCAGAGAAAAGUCCCAUCAGAGUUCCAGACCCGAGCGGACAGAGGAAGAAAUGCAGCCGACUCAAUAUGAGUGAUAAAGCAUAGUUCAACUUUAUUGCCCGAGAUAGCGUGCAUUUAUACCAAAUACCAUAAUUAUGCAUACUUGUCUCUAUCUAGUAGGCUAAGCACAUUUACUUACUCCACCUACUUGGGUUUAGCUAGCUAUGCGCAUCCCACAUUCUUCUGACUCUUAUCUCUUCAAAAAUAUCCUGACCCUGCCUUAGUUAGUACUUUUCCGUUCCCCCCUUUCCCACGGCCUAAUAGACAAGCUAACUAAGGCCUACUUAUGUCAACUAAAAUGGGCUCUGCUCGUACAGUUGCUUGGUGGACUCAUGUCUGUGCUCCUUGAGCCAAUCCCCGACAUCUCCCCCUUUUUUUAAUGAGCAGAGCCUGCCCAAGUGUCUGCUCUAAAAUCUUCUUAAUACAUGAUAUAGCACAACUCAAGCAUAUUAAUGCAACUACUACUAUGAUUAAGAGAGCCAGAGCACUCUGCAAAAGCCCUUUUACCCAUCCUCCUAGUCCAAACCAGUUCAUGAGGCCGUCUAAGCCAAAGAGGCCCACAUCCUCUCUGAUCUUCUGUGAAUGGUCCGUAAGUUGUUUAAUCUCCUCGUGGAUGGAUCUCGACUUAUUCUGUAAAUCCAUACAGCACAUUCCGUCAAAUUCCUCACAUCCAUGGCCAUGGGCUAAUAACAAAAGUCUCCUGUGACUGUAUUCUGCAGUGUAGCAUGUCUUACAGAAUCUACAUCUAACAAAAGUCCACUUAAAGCCUUAGAAGUUCUGUUUAUUUGCUUAACUAGCCAGCAUCCUAACUUUUCUAAAGUUUUUAAAGCUUUAGUUGUGCCAACACUAGAUACAAGAGAUCCUAAAACCCUUAACCCUGAUCCUCAAUAAUCUACAUUAUCAUCACAUUUUGACUCAUAUACACGCAAAAAGUGUUUUUCUCGUCUUGUUCUUUUGUGAUCUAUUAUCAUAGAUACAUUGGGCGUUAAGAGAGUUAAUAGUCCCAAAAUACACAGUCCUCCAACAGCGUUAGAAGGAAUUCCUGGUCAGGCUCUAUCUUCACAGAUCAAGAAUACACCAUACAGGAGGUUUUAGGGUCGCUGUCAAUGACAUCCCUUGCAUUCUUCUGUGAAGCAUUACACCGUCGAGUUUCAUUUCUGUAGUCACCAAGAGUAGCAUUAACAUUUUGUAGUUUUGUCCAUUCAUGUUCUUGUAUACUGUUCUGACACUUUUCACAAACCGGCUGGAUACAAGUGUCCAUGGGCAUAGAUGCCAUCAAUUCCAGUUCCUGUGGUUCGAUGUCUGCUUCCAGGUGGCAAUUAAUCCAAAGUGCCGUGUUAGUAUUAUUACAGUUCGUUGCAAUGCCUCUGCAUCAACCACUAUUUGAAACAGUCGUGUGAUGCUGCUGUAGUCACCAAGGAAGACACCAACCAAGCAUGUGUGGAACGUUUUUUCCAGAGACAUCGUAGUUAGGCAUAUAGAUGGUCAGUCAUGUUGGCUAAAGUAAUCCACAUGUUAGUCUUUGUCUGUGCAGGCAUCCAAAACACAGCAGCUGCAACAAUCAUUGUCAGGAAGAUAACACAGGUUUCACGUUUCGUGCUGGCAACCAUUGCAGCUCUUGAUCUGUAAAAACAUAAGCAUAACCUCUCCCCCAGGUUAUCAAUUGGUGUGGACUUUUCCAUUGAACGUUAACUAGUGAUUUGACCAUAACUAAUGCAGGUUCUUUCUGAUUUAGCAUGGUUUUGGGUCAUAGUUACAAAGUGUUUCAUCACAGGGCAAAUUUAGGCUGUACCACUUAGAUACAAGUGAUUCAUCACAUACAAUCCUUUUGACAAUUCCCCUUUUUGUUUAAAAAACAAAACAAAACAAAACAAACAAAACAAAACAAAAACACAA